GUUCUUUUCUCUCCUUUGACCAGUUCGUUCCAAAAAAAAAAAAAAAGAUGUCCCAGAAAUUUCAAACCACCCUCAAUACAGCCCUCACCCUAAUCACCCAAUUCCAAACCACGCUCUCCGCGCAGCCCGCGCCCGCUUCCCAACCACCCCAGCACAAUGAACCUCUGGAUCCUCUCGCGUUACUCGCAGCCGCAGCCACGGCGCUGAAAUCCCACGUUACAAAGCUCUCCCUGCUGACGAUCACGGCGCCCUUUACGCAUUCCGCUGUGGCGACGAUCCUGGCGACUCUCAACGAGACGGUUCUGCCGUCGCUGGUUGCGGCUGCGUUGCUGCUCACGCCGGAGACACAUACGAGGGCGUAUCAGGGUGAGUUGCGGGGGUUGGCUUGUACGGCGUUGAGGGAGUUGGGGGUGCUUUUGGGGGAGGUGGGGGGGGUGGGGGUGGCUACUGUGACUCCUACUCCUCCUGGCGGUGGUAGUGCUGCUGGGAAGUCGGCAAAAACAGACUCGAAUCAAGCGGGGAAAGAUACCGUGACGGGUGCGGCAGGACGGGUAUGGGAUGCCUGUGACGUGUUGGUGGAUGUUGCAGGGAAGGGAGUGAUCGGGUUUGUGAUUCGGCGGGUAGAGCAGUAUCGGGAUUUGGUUCGGGAUGCAGUGGAGGAGAUUGAAGAGUGGGAUCCUGAUGAGGAAGGGGAUGAGUUUUUCGAUGAGCUUCUAGGGGAUGAGGGGGAGAAGAACGAUGCCGAUGAUGAAGAGGAGGAGGAGGAGGAGGAGGAGGACGACGAGGAUGAUGAUCAGGCGAGUAAGGAGGCGCUGCAUGCGCAGAAAAAGUCUACUCUGCGGGUGUUGAAGCCCAUUGCGCAGAUAUAUCCGGUUAUUAUUUCGAAUCGACUGACGAAGGCAUCUGGGUCGCUGGGUGAUGUGAGGAAAUUGGAGGCUUUGAUGGGUGAUUUGCAGCAUAUUCCGGAGCACGUUGAUGAAGUGGCCGGGGCGCUGUAUGAGGCCGAUCUAGAGAAGGCAGGACAGUUUUUGAGAAAGGCUCGGGACUGUGCAUCCAACGCUAUUAAUUCGGUUGUUUGGCCCGGGAAUGGGAAGGAGACUGGCGAGCAAAUCGGGGACAAGUUCACCACCUGGUCAAACACCUGGAUGAAGGUCAUGGAGGAAGUCAGCAAGCCGAUCGAUCGAUGAUACGACUAGCUCACAAUGAAUAUAGAGAGUUAUAUAUAACUCUUUGGACGAUUAACUAUCGCGUCCUCCGUAUAUGUUCAGGGAGUAACACCCCCAAAUAAUAUUAAAUUAAAACAUCGAGUCCCGAAACGAA